AUGGCUUCGCAUUCGAAUCUCAGUGCUGCCGUCAACGCCGACAUCCCCUACAGCACGCCGAGCACGCCGCAUCCGCAGCAUCAGGUGGGAUGGAUCGGACUCGGCAACAUGGGCGUCAAGAUGGCCGCCAACCUGGCCAAGCACAUGCGCGAGAUGUCGCCGCCGCUGCCGCCUCUGCUCGUGUACAACCGCACCGCCUCCAAGGCGCAGGCGCUCGAGAAGGAGCUCAACGGCCUCGUCAAGGCGGUCGACUCGAUCGAGGCGAUCGGUAGCCAGUGCGACCUCAUCUUCACCAGUCUCUCGGACGAUGAAGCUGCCGAGCACGUCUACGAUUCCCUGCUGCAGGCCGAGGAGAAGCGCGUGGGCAAGCACAUCCAGGAGCGCAUCUCCAGCGGCUUCUCCACGUUACUUAUCGACACCAGCACGCUCUACCCCGCCACCACGGGCAAGAUCGAGCGCAAGAUCUCGGCUCUCCCCAAGCGACACUUUGUCGCCGCCCCGGCCUUCGGCCCGCCUCCCAUGGCUGCCGCUGCCAAGCUCGUCUUUGCCGUCGCAGGGCCGUACAACUCGAAAAAGUUUGCUUCGCAGUUCCUGGUGCCUGCCAUGGGACGCAAGAUCAUGGACUUUGGAAGCAACCCCGAGCGCGCUGCAUCCUUCAAGCUGAUCGGAAACUCGAUCAUCGUCUCGACCAUCGAGAUGCUUUCCGAGACCAUGACGCUGGCAGACAAGACGGGCGUGGGCAGCGACCGCGUCUACGAGUGGCUCGAGGAGUUCUUCCCCGCCCCUUCGGCGCUCGGCUACGGCAAGAAGAUCCUCGACAGCAACUUCCAGGGCGAGAACGGCUUCACGCUCAACGGCGGAAUCAAGGAUGCCUCCCACAUCAUCAAGCUCGGAGAAUCCGUCGACUGCCCGCUGCCCAUCAUCGAGCUCGCCAGACAGCAUAUGGUCAGCGCCCGUGCCAUCGGCGGCGCCAACCUCGACUGGAGCUCUCUCUCCGCCGGCUUCCGUGUCACGGCUGGCGUGGAGCCGUUCGAGAAGAAGGAGAUGCUCAAAAAGUGGGCCCAAGACGAGCGCGGCUCUUCCAAGUGA